UGUUUGUCAAAAGGAAGUAACAUUCCUCAGCUUCAGAAUGGGCCUGCUUCACUAAGUCCUGACAGCCCCUGUGGUUCCUGCAUACCUAUUAGUGCACAGACUGUACUAUGUGACUAUACACUAUAGCUGCCAGGUGGACCUUUCAGCAGCACAUUGACAGAAAAACGAGUGCAGAUAGGAUCAUAUCAGACUGCUUGAAGACAAUCAAUAUAAUUAAUACAGAAUGGUCCGAGGAGUGUGUUUGGGAUUUUUUGACGUAACGCUGGUCUUCCUCCUGCUGUGCUCCGUCACAGGCUUGCUGCUGAUGGACCAGCGCAGAGAUGCAGAGGAUGACCGGGGGCUCAACAAAGCCAUCUUGGAAAUGCUACAUAUCAAUAAAGUGUCUGCGAGCCAUCAGGCUAAGCCCCAUCCCUACAUGAGGAGGAUCUAUCAGCGUCUGGACUCACUGGAGGCUCAAGACCUGGGGAGUUCAGAUGGAACGCUGGUGCAGAGUUAUCGGAGCGUUGCUGGUUCACACCAUGCUCCUCCAGGAUGGAUCUGGUUCAACGUCAGCAGCCUGAGCCCCUCCAUGCUGGGUGCAGAGCUGGUUCUGUUCAGGAAAACCCUCCACCCCCGUCCCCUCAGUGUGACUGUCACCCUGCACAGCGUCACAGCCUCACAGGGGGGUCUAGAGGAAAGUCCCGCCCUCGAGGAGAGACUGCUGACCCUGGACCAGCGACCCUCAUCUGGAUACGAUGUGUUUGACGUGUCAGCUGUUCUGGCUGUGAAGCCUCUGGAGGUGGUGGGCUUUCAGCUGCGUUAUACAGACGAGAGUGGGAGUCUGGUCCUUCAUGAAGCCCUGACGCAGAGUCUUUACUGCCUGAACAGAGGCUCUCUAAGUGAACCCUUACUGGUGCUUUACCAAGCCCACCCCCUCCACGUCUGACUCUGCCACUGGGACCAUUAUUACUGUUCAGAUGUGUUUUAUUAAAGCUAAUCAAUUCUGUGUUAAUCCACGUCUGAUAUGGCGGUUAUCAUGCAGAAUGCCUCGGCUCAAAAUUGGCCAAGGGAUGAGGAAUGCGAGGUUGAAGUGUAACUUUGAGACAGACAAAACUUACCAAUUAAAUCCACAGAAAUAA